AUGGCUGAUUCGGAUGAGGAAUACGUGGGAGGGGUGACGGACGACGAAGAUGACUUGCAAGUGACCAGGACAGACCCUUCUCAGCCGAGGAAGCGAAAGCAGCGCGGAGCGGCGGAAUGGGAGCUCUCUCGUACUUGGGAAACGCUAGUCGAGGGAGCCGAUGGAACGAUCAGCUCCACGGUAGAAGGGCUGCUGGAAGCUAGUAAACGCAAGAGGCUGCUCAAAGACACCACCCCCCUCCAACGAGGGAUCAUACGACAUUUGAUCUUGAUCCUAGAUCUCUCACAGUCCAUGGCCGAAAAGGAUCUUCGACCGACACGAUAUCUUUUGGCCCUGCGAUAUGCUCAGGAGUUUGUCCGAGAAUUCUUUGAGCAGAAUCCCAUCUCUCAGCUUGGGGUGCUGGGCCUGCGAGAUGGUCUGGCGGUCCGAGUGAGCAACAUUAGCGGCAAUCCUACCGAGCAUUUGACGGCGAUUCAAGAAUUGAAGACCCAGGAUCCCAAAGGAUUGCCGAGUCUACAGAACGGUCUCGAAAUGGCCCGAGGAGCUUUGUUUCACACCCCCAGCCACGGGACACGUGAAGUUCUCGUUCUCUUUGGCUCCCUUCUGAGCUCCGACCCGGGUGACAUCCAUCAGACCAUCAACACGCUCAUCACCGACAAAGUCCGAGUCCGCAUUGUGGGUCUCGCGGCGCAAGUCGCUAUCUGUAAAGAACUAUGCAGCCGGACAAACCCCGGCGAUGAGACAGCAUACGGAGUUGUGCUCAACGAGCAACAUUUCCGCGAGCUCCUGAUGGACGUGACAACACCUUUGGCGAGCCAAAAACAAUCGGCGAGCUCACUCUUGAUGAUGGGAUUUCCGUCGCGCACCGUCGAGCCUACACCUUCAUUAUGCGCGUGUCACUCCCGCCCGUCCCGGGGCGGGUACCUAUGCUCGCGCUGCGGGAGCAAAGUGUGCAAUCUACCAGCCGAGUGCCCAUCAUGUGGGUUGACACUGAUCCUCUCAACGCAUUUGGCGCGAUCGUACCACCAUUUGUUCCCCUUGAUGAACUGGGUAGAGGUUCCGUGGCGUCGAGCAACGAGCAGUGCCUGCUUUGCCUGUGGCCUGCCUUUUCCUCCCGUUCCACCGGAGGAUCAGUGGUCGACCACCGAGAGCCAUGUCAAGGGAAUGAGUGUGAGCAGUCGAUAUCAGUGCGAGGCCUGUCAGAAUCACUUCUGUAUCGACUGCGACCUUUUUGCUCACGAAGUAGUUCACAAUUGUCCCGGUUGUCAAAGCCGCAGCACUCAAGUGGCGCCCGAGGGGAUGGAUACUGCUGCUUAA